GAUCAGCUCCCUGAACACCGCCCGUACGACCACAAGAUCGUUCUCACCGAGCCUCUGCCGAAUCAGUUCAGUUCUCUAUAUAAGCAGAGCACUGAAGAGCUCCAAGCGACUAAGGCGUUCGUUAUGGAGAACCUCCAGAAGGGAUACUUUUCCCCGAGCCACAGUCCUUUCGCCUCCCCCGUCCUUUGUGUUCGGAAGCCAAACGGAGACCUCCGCAUCUGCGUAGAUUAUCGCAAGCUCAAUGCGAUCAUACGCAAGGAUGCGUAUCCGAUCCCGCGUAUCGACGAACUACUC